CUUUUGCCAGCUCCAUGGGUCCGCACUUGUAUGCUACCUGUUCGCGGAAACCGCGGCUGAAAUGGAGUUGACAGGCCGUGAAGUGACGCGAGGUCGAGGUGCCUAACCCGGACGCAUCGGAGGCAACAAUUCACCUAUGUGACGUGAAGUGUCUGAAGCGCGGAGACAACGGUCUUACCUUCCAGACGCGCUGCCAGGCGUUAAGAUGGCGUCCGAGCGAGAGCUGAAAGCCGUGGAGCGUAUCAACCUCCGAAACACCAUCAACCAGUGGAAUGCCAAUCGUCUUGACCUUUUCGAACUCAGUGAACCGAACGAGGACCUCGAGUUCCAUGGGGUGAUGCGAUUCUACUUUCAAGAUGCAGACCAGAAAGUUGUGACAAAGUGCAUUCGUGUUUCGAGCACAGCCACUGUCAAUGAUGUCGUUGGCACACUCAUUGAAAAAUUCCGCCCUGACAUCCGCAUGCUGUCGGUCCCGGACUAUGCCCUCUACGAAAUACACGAGAAUGGAGAGGAGCGUAAGCUGGGUCCUGAUGAGCGUCCCCUCUUGGUGCAACUCAACUGGCAUCAGGAUGACCGUGAGGGCCGGUUUCUCUUUCGACGCAUGGACCACAAGUCUCGGCUGCCAACCCUCAAGGUGGAAUCAUUGCGGUUUGGGCGCAAACUUUCACGUAGGGAGCACAAGAAAAAGAAGAACAAAGAACCGGUUCAGACUGAGGAAAAAGACGGAAUAGCAGAGAAGCUUUACACUGAGCUUCCAGAGACGAGCUUUACACGAUCAAUUUCCAAUCCGGAAGCUGUGAUGCGCCGCCGCCGACAGCAGAAGCUGGAGCGCAAGUUGCAGCAGUUCCGGCAAGAGGGAAGCCCUGAAGCUGGUGGCACGCUGCGCAUUUUUGGCGAGUCGCUGAACCGGGAUGUACCAUACAAGACUUUGCUGCUCUCGACAACGGACACUGCGGCACAUGUGGUUCGGGAGAUACUGGUGAAGUAUGGCCUUGAGCAGGAGGAGCCGCAGCACUACUGCUUGGUCCAGGUACUGGUGCCCCCGCCUCCAGGCGGCCUGCCAAGCCCCCAGGAUCCUCCCACCGGAGGCCUCAAGGAGUUUAUCCUGGAUGACGACGACUGUCCCCUGGCCAUCGAGAGGCAACACAACCGCAUGAAAGGGACACUGUCCUUCCACAUACGGCGGCGGCCAGCUGACUACCAGCCUCGAAAGCGCAAGAAGAAGGCACCAAGCGGUGGUGGAACAGUCCUUCCCGAAGAGGGCUUGCCCUUUCUGCAGGAGGUGCCCCAGGGCGGUGGACCCCCUGGCCCCUGCCACCCGAUUCCUCUCCACAUGACCGAGGUUGGCUCGGCACCCUCUGGAAGCCAGGGGCUGCAGCUCCAGGGACCAGGCGUCCUGCCAAGGCACUGUGUGAUAGCACACACGGAAGGUGUGGUUACGGUGACACCCAGUCAGCCGGAAGCAGAGACCUACGUCGAUGGCGCCCGGGUGUUUGACACCACACUGCUGCAGCAUGGUGCCACGGUUCGCUUUGGCCGCAGCCACCUCUUCCGCUUCUGGCAAGCACCACCUCCUCGGGCGGCUGCCCUACCUCCUGCCUCACCUGCCGCUACGGGUGACAACCAUCGGCCACCACAUGAGGAAGACCACCGACUGAGAGCUCCUGAACCAGAGCCCACAAGCAUGGUGGCUGUUCCCGACCAUAUGGGUCCCGUUGGCGCAGGGGACCACAGGGAUCAGCGGAGGGGUGACCCCAUUCUGCCUGCAGUGUUGGAACUGUGGGAGGAGCAUGAGUCCCUGUUCCUGGAUGCAGUCAUCAACCAACUGGACUGGCUUUCGGUCCAGUUUAAGCUAGUUCCUGCAUACACUCUCUACAUGGCCUGCCGCUACCGGGCUUCCACACACUUUCGACCUGAGACAAGCCCCACCGAGCGUGCGCAACGGCUGACAGCACUCGCCACCAACAUAGGAGCUCGAGUGCGGGUAGCUGUGGAACAGCAACAGCGAGACUCGGGGCCACUGGCCUUCUGGCUGGCCAAUGCCAGUGAGCUGCUGCACUUCCUGCGGCAGGACCGGCAUCUCAGUGCCUACACCUUGGAUGCUCAGGACCUGCUGACCGAGGCACUCCAGCUGGCAUUCCGGCAGCUUGUUGCAGCACAGCGGCGUGAGUUAGCCCAGGCUUUGCCUCGUGCUUUUCUCAGCCCGGACACGGCCACAGAUGCACCAAUUGGUGAGGCUCUUGGAGUCUUGGCAAGCAGCAUGAGCCUGCUGCGACGCUGCCGGGUGAAUGCAGCACUGACGAUCCAGCUGUUCUCCUGGCUCUUCCACCAUGUGAAUGCGUGGCUGCUGAACAGCCUCCUCCUGCACGGGCGCCCUCCACUUUGUCGGCCAACAGGUGCCCUGCUGAAGCGCCGGCUGGCCCAUCUAGUGGCCUGGGCUGAACAGCAGGGCCUGGAACUGGCCGCAGACUGCCACCUUGCACGUCUCAUCCAGGCAGCUCACUUGCUGGCGGCACCCAAGGCCCACCCUCAGCAUGACCUGCCCCUGCUUGCCGACGCAUGCUUCAAGCUUAAUUCUGUCCAGGUGCGGCACUUGCUAGAGCGGUUCCAGCCCUUGGGUCCUGGUGAUCAGGUUGGCCCAGGCUUGAUUGAAGCACUGGUGCGAGAAGCACACAAGGGUGAAGAUGCACGUCUCACUCAGGAGGGUCGCCCGCUGCAGCUGGCUGAGGAGCCCCAGCUGGCCCUGCCUUUUCUGCUCCCCGAGGAUGGAUACUCGUGUGAGACUGUGCGAGGUGUACCUCCAGGACUCCAGGAGUUUCUGCAGCCCCUGUGCCUUGCUGGCCUGUGUCGGCUGACGCUGCAGCCCACUUCCCUGGGCCACUGGACCAUCUACAUGUGCGACCAGGAUGUCCUCGGUCCCCGUAUUCUCACGCUGACCCUCAAGAAAAGCCCUUCGGGCAUGGGGCUGAGCAUUGUGGCUGCAAGGGGCUCCAACCAGGACCGAUUAGGCAUCUACGUCAAGAGCGUGGUCCGAGGUGGGGCAGCUGACCUGGACGGCCGCCUCCAAGCCGGCGACCAGCUACUCAGAGUCGACGGGCAUUCCCUAGUCGGCGUCUCGCAAGAAAAGGCAGCAGAGCUGAUGACACGCACAGGCCCACUAGUCCAGCUGGAAGUGGCCAAACAGGGAGCCAUACACCACGGGCUGGCAUCACUGCUCUGCCAACCGUCACCUCUGCUCUUGCAGCGCGGCAGCAGCCGCCUCAGCGAACGUGACAUUCCUGGCCGGUUGGCCCACGAAGAGCCCCCUCCCCGCAUCCAGGGCAGCAAGAGUGUACCGGCUCUCAACUGUGGCUCUGCAGCUAUGGAUGGUGGAAGUAGCCAGCACUUGGCGCCAGGAAGUUCCAUGACGAUGCCACCACGGGGCUACCCUCCAGGACCUUCUUAUUCGCCCAGGCAAGCAGCCAUGGAGGAGCGCCAGUACCAGAAUAUUGGCUUGUACCAGCAGCAACACCAGCAACAGCAGCAGCUUCCACAGCAGCCACAUCCACCGAUUACAAGGCCAAGCCAUGGUUCACAGCCAUUACCGUGGAGUCCUCCCACGAGUAGCAGCAGUGGCAAUGCACCGCUCCGGCCAGAAGUGGGUGCCCGGCCCCUCUCCACACUGGUGAGCCCUCGAGAGCAGGAGCAGUACGUGAGCAGCCUUGGUUCCCUCGCCAUGGGUCACCACUCUGGCCCUCCUGGAGGAGGCGAAAAAGUGUUGGGAGCCCCACUUGCAUCAGAUCCUCCCCCACACUGGAGCCCCCACCCGCCUCCGCCAGACCUGAGGGCGCAACGGGACCUGCUUCGCCAGGAAGCCAAGAUGGAGGAAAUGAAAGAGGAGGUACGGCGGCGAGAGGAACGGGACCUCCAUCAGCCAUUGAUCACAAAGCCCCCAAUGAAGCAGCACCCACAGCAAGGUGUUCGCUCGCCACCGCCUCCAGAGACCAGCAAUGGGCACCACCCAAAUAACAGGAUACCCCGAGAUGCCAUCCAGGUGGCCAGCCCCUCGCCCUGGGAACGGGAGGAGAAAGAGAUGCGGCGCCUCCAGCGACUGGAAGAAAUGCGCCAGAUGCGAGACGAGGAGUUGCAAGAACUGGAGUCUCUACCGAACCGGACAAGCCGACAAGAGGAACGGCUGAGGGCCCUGAGGCUGGAACGAGAGUUUGAGCGGCGGGCACAGGAACUUGCUGGGGACGAGGACGAGGAGGAGCAGGUGCCAGAGCCAGCUGACUUGACAACUGAGGUGCAACCUCUGAAGGAGCGCCCCUCCCAGCAUCCUUGGGAGCCGAUUCAUGUGGUUACUCCCCGCCAUCUGGAGGAACAAGAGGAUCGUCUACGACAGCUGCGUCUGGAGGAGAGUGGCAAGCAACAGGAGCUGGCUGCUCAACGCAUGGCUGAAGAGCAACUGCUGCGUGAAGCACAGCGCCGACAGCAACAGCAGCUGCAACAUCAGCAGCAGCAGCAAUACCAAAACCAGCAACAACAGCACCACCACCAGUUACAGCAGCAGCAGCUACAGCAGCAGCAGCAGCUACAGCAGCAGCAGCAGCUACAGCAGCAGCAGCAGCUACAGCAGCAGCAGCAGCAGCAGCAGCAGCAGCAGCAGCAGCAGCAGCAGCAGCGUCAGCAGCAGGAAGAACACCAGCCGCAUGAUGACCAGCCUCCACCACUGCCGGCAUGCCCACCUCCCCCGCCAGACCGCAGACCCCCACCUUCCAAAAAGGUGUCCUUUACUGAAGCGCCCCCUGUUGAGGUGUGCCCCCAGGAUGAUGAAGAGGAGGAUUCAGGCUACACCUUACAAGAUAUUGAUGCAGUGCUGAAUGCUCCACCAGGUGGUUACCUGGUGGCAUCCACACCAGGUGUCAUUGGUGCACAGGAGGUGUAUCGUGACCCUCGACAGCGAAUUGAACGUCAGCGAGCCCUGCAGCAACCAAGCAAGCCACCAGGACCCGAGAAACUCACCUUCCGCGAGAAGAUGCGCAUGUUUGCUCGCGAGACGGGUGAGGAGCACACACCACGCGACAAAAUGAAGAUCUCACGGGCGCAACGGGAGAUUGAGACCAGCCUGAAUGGUGUGCCUGCGCCCAACCGUUGAGCAGUGUUGUGGCUUGCACCAAAACAGUCUUUUAAAUCAAAUGCCACUGUAAUGCCAAUUGAAGGACUAAAUGGUGGACUGUUUCUAUGCUGUUUUUGACUGAAGCAAAUUAUGUGUUUUGAAGCACAGAGAAUGUGGCUGCUGCCAUGUUCCGAUAGACUUUUGUGCAGCUUGAAUGAGUUGUUGCUGUUUUGUCGUUCCAGCUAUAUUGUUAUUAUGCCCUUCCUUUUUGAUCGACUUGAACCAUAAUGCUUGAAGGACAACAUAUAGGGCAGCUGUUAUAAAUAACAAUUUAAUGAACUGCAGUGAAAUGCCACUUGAAGCCGAAACAUGGCUGCUCUUAUGUGCUUCUAAUGAACUCUAGUUUAGCAGCUUGUUAUUCAUCCUUAUGGCUGAUGACAUUUUCUUUUUACAACUCAUUAAAUAGCAUUCUAAGAAAGUUAUCAUUGCCAUUUAGCUCAAAGUUUGGUACUCAUUAGCAGCAAGUUAUAUUGUGUCACUAGCCAUGAGGAUGCUUUUAGUCAAAGGCCAAGUUUGUCUACUAGAGGCUGUUUUUAAUUAUUUCUUGCUCUUUGAAUACUGAUUUACGCAAGCUAAACAUAGAUUAUCUGUUAUUUGUAUACUUUCAAAGAUGUUAAGGAUCAUUACUGAAGUGUGGUUGUGUAAGGAGUACUCAGUUUUCUAAUACAGGUGUUUACAUUUGUGGUUUGACUCAUUCCAAAUUACAAGAGCUUACUUUGUUGAAAGUUCUCCUUUACUAUUUUUUUUAUUUAUUGUUAUUUUUUUCAUCAUGAACCUGUGUAAGAGUCACAAUGGCCAUUGGGCCAGCUUUUCACUCAAAAGUAUUUUUAUGGUGCUUUACAACACACUUUAUGUCGCUUGUUCAUUCACCAGAGUGCCUCUUUCUUUAUCAUAGUGCAGCUAACUGAGAGCAGCUAACACACACAUGCCGAACUUACGGCCACUGUCGCAAGGUACGCAACUCUACUCUUCACAGCCCAUGAAUUGGACUCCAAAGCGCUGUGCACAUAAAGCUGUUGCAUCAUAUGAUGAGCUAUUUUACCAGAGUGCCUGUCUUUUAUUACCAUGCAGCAGCUAAAUAAAAGAGCUACCUGAAA